AUGAGUGUACCAUCUGGUGGGGAUGAUCGAAGAACCAGAACAAGAAAGACGACAGGCCAAGUAUUGUGGUUUAGUGCAACGCGUGGUUACGGCUUCAUAAGGAGAACAGACACUAAGAGAACCAUAUAUGUUCACUAUACGGGCAUUCAGAAGACCCAUCAGAACAAUUACUUCCGAAGCCUAGGAAGCGGGGAAUGGGUCGAAUUUGAAUUGACCAAUGGAAAAAGGGGCGUUAAGGCCAUCAACGUCACAGGUCCUAAUGGCGUUCCAGUGCAAGGCAACAGACAUGCCAGAGAGCGUAACCGGUAUUGGCGCUGUCCGCGGUAUAGAAAGCCUCCACUCUACUACCAGCAAGACUACUGGGACAGCGGAAGCAGAGAGGAACCAAGAGACUGUAAUAGCGAGACCGGUAGACCUAACACCAAUCCUCCUCGACCUGAACGGAUACCCCGACCACCCGAACCUGAAGUCCCAAAGCAAAGGAAAAUGCUGGACACAAGCGAGAGACCGGUUGCGAAAGGUCAGAGUGAGACAGUGCAGCAGUGCCUUCAAAAUGUGAUAAAGCCUCAGAUUUCUCCUCAACCAAAACGAGAGUACAUCCCAAAAAGGCAAGACGCAGAUUACCGUGCAGCAAAUUUCGAGCAAACAGAUGCCGGUGCGACUGACCAGAAAAGGGACACUGAAGCAGUGGUCCACAUGGCCAUGACAAAGAUAGUGGAACCCGUGGAAUCCAGAAGUCCGGAGCCAGCAAUGCCAUCGUCUGAACCCAAGCCCCAGGCACUGCAGGCAGAGACCCCACAGGCAGCUGAGAAGGCUGAAGCCCAUUCCACGGAAGAGAAGCCUGUAAUGGAUAGUGAGUACAGGACCAUAACGGGAGAAGAAUUCACCUUCAGGAUACAGCAGGCUAUACGAAGAUCAAUGAGAUGCGAUAAAGGUGCACCACAUGCUCGUUGCAGAUCGCACGCCAUGAUAUAG